AGUUUUGAUACAGCAUCCGCAUUCCUUAAUUAUGUGGGUGUUGCACUAAGAUCUUUAUGGAUGAAGCAAUAUCAUCCACUUAUAGUGUUUUCGUCAGUCGCUAUAUUGGGGUAAAAUCCAAUAUGAAGAAAAGAAUUUAUGUUAAUUUAAUGCUCUGUUAAGCAUCGGCAUUUUAAUGUACUCCCCCAACAUGGCCGUUUUGACGUCACAAACAAACACUCUUAUUUUGUACAAAACGUUGUGUACUUCAUAAGCGUUUCCACUGGCUUCAAGUCAAAUUUUUACCAAGAUGUUGACGUACGGUGUAUUUAUUUGCGACAGAAACGAAGAAGUUCCAUUGAAAAGUCAAUGCGUUCGAUCCUUUUUAAAAGGCCAAGUUGUUGGUUUUCGAUCAACAUUGACGUAUGUCAAUCAUACAGAAAAUCCUCUCGAAGUAUUUUUUCGUACGCCUGUAGACGAUUCCUUUGCUGUAGUAGGUUUGGAGGCUUGCAUUGAUGGCAAAAAAAUCCGUGCUGAAAUACAAGAAAAAGAGAAAGCUCGAGAGAAGUACAAAGAAGCAGUAUCGAGUGGACGAACAGCAGCUUUUGGAGAGGAGAAACAAGGAGAUAUAUUUAGUUUGGUUUUAGGCAAUCUUCCCCCGAAAGAAAUGGCUGUUUUGGAAUUAACUAUGGUUGGUGAACUGAAUGUUGAAGCUGGUGGUGCUGUGAGAUUUGUUUUACCUAAAGUGCUCAAACCUCGUUACACACCGACAGGAAGCAAUAACCCUCUGGCACCCGAAGUAUCUUCCGAUAGUGGGGCAACUGCAAAACAAGGGACUGGACCCGAUUCUUACCAGUUCAGCCUUGAAAUAGAUGAUGCACCAAACAUUGAUAAGGUGACAUCACCAUCACACAAGAUUUUUGCUGACAAUGAUGGUGAAAAGAUCAAAGUGACUUUAACGGAAGUAAAACAAACUGAUAUUGUCAUUUUAGUGCAACCAAAAGAGAUAAACAAGCCAUUAAUUAUUGUUGAACCAGGUUUAUCAAAUGGUGAAAACAAUUUUCAAAAAUCUUCAGCAAUCAUGGUGAGCUUCAUCCCAGAAUUCAAGGGGGAAAAUAAUUGUCUUCAAGCAGCUUGUGAAUUUGUGUUUGUAAUUGAUCGAAGUGGUAGUAUGGCUGGAUCCUACAUCAAAGAUGCAGCUGAAACACUUCUACUCUUUCUUAAAAGUAUUCCUGAAGGAUGUUAUUUCAAUAUAAUAGGUUUUGGCAGCACAUAUGUUCACCUAUUUCCAGAAAGUGUUCCAUACAAUCAAAAAUUUGGAAAAGCUGUAAAACAUGCAGAGAAUCUUCAAGCUGAUUUGGGUGGUACUGAGCUAUUUGAUCCACUUAAAGAAAUAUUUAGUCAUGCACCAAAGAAAGGUUUGCCAAGGCAGGUGUUUGUGCUAACUGAUGGAAGCAUAAGUAAUACUGACUCUGUCAUUCAACUUGUUAAGAAAAACUCCAACAACUCCAGAUGUUUUUCUUUUGGUAUUGGCUCUGGUGCAUCAACAACUUUAGUGAAAGGCAUUGCACAAGCUGGCAAAGGUGCUGCUGAGUUCAUUGUAUCUGGAGAGAGGAUGCAACCUAAGGUGAUAAGAUCACUGAAGAAAGCCAUGCAACCUUCUGUGACAGAUGUUCAAAUUUCUGUCACUGUUUCCAACAAUAUAACAGUAAAUGUAGUUCCAAAAGAAAAGCUUCCACCUAUUUUUAUUGGUGAAUGUCUCAUUGUAUAUGCAAUUCUUCAUGACAAGUCAACAUCCUCAUCACCUCAAGAAGGAAAAAUACUCCUUAGUGGUGAUUUACUUGCAGCUAAAGUAGAGCAUAAGAUGAAUUUUCCAAUCAAACCAGCAGUGAAAAAAGAGACUGCUUCCCAAGUGUCAACUAUUCACCACCUUGCAGCCAAGAAGUUGAUAAAAGAAUUGGAGUUGGAUGGUGGAAAAAAGGCAGAGAUAAUCCAGCUAAGUUGUGACUCCAAUGUUAUAUCAUCACAAACUGCAUUUAUUGCCAUUGAUCAAGAUAGAAAACAAGCAGUUAAAGGAAGUUUGCACAGUUGGGAUUUAAUGCCUCAGGAGGAGGAAGAGUUCAUGUUGAAGCCUCCAGUGGCUUGUGGCGGUACACGUAGCAGUGACAGAGGUUUUAAAUGUUUAAUUCCCAUCCCCCCAAGAUCAGCUCCUAAGUUUCUAAGUUUAUCAAAUGACUACCAAAGUGUAGAGGUUGACCAAAUUUUGCAAGAUCACAGUGAUACUAAAAGCUGUGCAAUUGCAGACGGAAUUUUAGAAGACACCAAGUUUGGAGGAGAUUCAAGUAAUCCACUUUCACAGAUAAUCAAUCUUCAGCUAGCAAAUGGUGCCUGGGAAUUGACGUCAGCAAUAUCAAAUAUGGUUGGUAAAUCAAUAACAGAUCUAAAAGAUGCCUGUCCAGUGUCAUGCAAUGGAAAUAUGAUGACAAUAUGGGCAACAUGUAUUGUUUUGGCAUACCUGGACCUUCAAUUAUCCACUGUUAAAGAUGAAUGGGAGUUGGUUGGUAUGAAAGCAAAAUCUUGGCUUAUGAUGCAAGUUCUACCACAAGGAUGUUCCUAUGAAGAUUUGCAAGAAAAAGCAAACCAAUUUCUUUGUGAUAAUAACAAACUUAAGUAAAAGUAACUUUGUGUAACAUUGAAUCAAUACUUGACGAUUUUCUUUAUAAUUUUUAUAAUUCAGUAAAAUAGACUACACAUGCUUUUGUUAUGGGUUUCAUGUAGAAAUUACUAUAGAGUGGAAUGACAUUGGUAAUCUUUGACAAAAAUGUAUCGCACUUCUGAGUGUUUUGUCAUGUUGAGAAAAUAGCAUAACACUAACAAGUUUUUUUGUAUACAAAAUCACGAAACAACGAGUCUAUAAAAGUUUUAAAAAUAUGACUCAAUUUAAGCUCGGAGGAGCAAAAUAAAUGAAAUAUAACUUUGAGUACUUUAA